CUCUUUCAUAGUUGAGUGGAGUCUCAUUUUACACAAGCAAUUAAAACCUUGUGCAGUGUUAUCAGAAUGAGUCCUGUUUCCAGCAACAGGUCAGAUGAAUGUGGCCAUGAGGCCAAGUUUUGUGCUAGUAGAGGUCAUUGGAAGCUUCAGGAAGACUGCAGGCUAAGAGAACUGGUGGCAAUCCAUGGCCCUCAGAAUUGGAAUCUCAUAGCUGCAGAGAUGCAAGGAAGGUCCGGGAAGAGCUGCAGGUUGAGAUGGUUCAAUCAGCUCAAUCCGAGCAUCGACCGAUCCACAUUCAGCGAGAAGGAGGACGAGAAGCUACUGGCUACUCAGAAACUGUACGGGAACAAAUGGUCUAUGAUCGCCGGUCUCUUCCCCGGCCGGACUGACAACAUGGUCAAGAACCACUGGCAUGUGCUCAUGGCGAAGAAGUGGAGAGAGGAGCAGGCUGAUGAUUACAGGAAAAGGAGGCUCAGACAAUUUGGUGUUCAGAGAAGGAUUGGAGCAGCCACCGUUAGAGGCUAUGCUUCAUGCACCGAGUCAUCAUCAGUCAAAGAAAAUGGAGAGAGCAGCUGCUUUGAGACUAAUGCAUCACCUUCGUUCAUAGAUUUUCUUGGCGUAGGAGACACUUGAAAGAUGAGAGAAUUAUGGAAUUUGUACUCUUUAAUAUAAUGGGUCUCAUUGUGUCGGGGAAACAGUAAGAACUUGAUCAUUUCGUUGAUAAAAUUGAAAGGUUGCAGGAAAAUAA